GCAGGAGCUCCUUAGCCACAGGCAUGAUGACUGUAUAAUGUGUUAAAUUCUAUCAAAAAUGUUUUAACAUGCCACGUGAAACAGACUUUUUAUCACAAUCUCUUGGGGAAGAAUUGGCUAAGGCAAUCUUUUUCCUAUAGCCAUAAUUAGAUUCAAACUAAUGACACUAGUGCUGCAAGACUACAUUAGAUAUGUCUUACAAGAUUAUAGAAUGUUUUAUUCCUAAUUUUUUCAUAAUGCUAACUCUUUGUUGUGCUAAUUUUUUAUUUUUUUUGGAAGAGACCUCAACUUAUCGUGAGAACGAGCUUCUGUUACACAUUCAAAUUCCUUAUGUUUUUCUGUCAUCAGAAGGACUUACAAAUAACCCCGAGAUACUGCAUCUGCUUGAGUCAAGAGUCUGGAAGGUCUGAUGCCUGAUAAGUCCGCUGAGAACCUGAUCCUCAAACUUGUGGCUCUGUCUUUGCAAUACAGCUGCUGCUGGAUCCUCUUGUAUGCUAAAGAAAGAUUAAACUCUGAGUACAGUCUUUCAGGAAUAACUUUACACAAUGUUGCUCUAGUCUAUGCAGCUAUAACUGCAUAUUUGUCAAGAUCAGAAGACUUGCAAAUAAAGACUUUUAUAUCUCCGGGAAUAGAGAAGACUGGAUUGCUUGUUCGGCGUAUUGCAGACCACACCCUCAUGAUGAGUGCAAGUGACCCCUGUAAGUGGUUGAACAAAUCCUGGCUUUCCAUCCUUAUAUCAGAGGAAGAAAGAGUUUUACUUUCAUUUCCAAGCAUUAAUCCCUUGGUGGCUCAGAGUAUGCUAAGCAGAGGAUCCUCACUACAAUGGUUACUGUUGGCAACCAAUGACCAGCUAAAGGAACUAUUUCCAGAAGUGCCAUCUAAAGUUUUAAAGCAUUUCAGUGAUAUUACAGCUUUGAACAAGUUGAGCACAUCAGCCACAUGUCAAAGACCUUUUCAAAUCUCAGCAUCAGCUGCUAUAGAAGACUGUAGCCCUGGCAGUAUCCAAUGCUCUUCUUUAGAUAUAGAUAAUCAUAAUUCCUGCAAUGCAUUUGCCAGCAACAAAUCACAACUUGGUAAUAAUGGAUUGUUAAAAACAUUUAAAAUAAUAGCUUCUAAUAAUGCAACCAAAUUGAGCCACCAAAGUGAAGUAGUUGAGAAAGAUGCUCAGCAAUAUUGUCAGACCACUGGUAUCAGGAACAACCAAGAUGUAGAACAAACACCGCUAUCAAUAAAUGUUCCUAUUUUACAGAGUUGUCAUAAUGCACCUGAACAGUCAAUGAGAUUUAGCCGCAAGUAUUAUUCAGAAGCAACCUCUCUGGGCUUUUCAAGAAACCAAAACAGGACAACACUUGCAGAAAAUGUUUCUGAACAAUAUUUCCAUCAGACUACAGACACACAUGAAAGUUCUCUAGAUAUACUUUCUGGUGAAGAAGAUAGUAUUCUUGAGAGUAUUCUUCCACAGCAUAACUAUUAUGUCACUGAAGGCAUUCCAAGCUUUUCAAUCGAUACUGAACAUUUCUUUGCAAAUGCAUCAGGCCUCCAAGAUUCCACAAACCCAGUGUAUGGCAGAAAUGAGCUAGAGAAUAAAGUUUUUGUCAGCAAAGAAAUGUCUGCAGAAAAGCCAUGGGUCUCUUCAAAGUGUGGAUCAGGGAACAUUUCCAGUCAAGAAUCCUCAGUCCUCAGUAUUGAACACCUACAUGGUCUACAAUUUUCCCAGAUGGAAAUUGCUGGGGAGAGAAGAUUUCUAAUACACAGCGGUGUAACAAAAGAAACAGGUUUGACAUUUAUUCAGCUACCGCAACAAAAAAGGAGAAAGCUGAUGUAUGAGAGAGUUCCUGGAAGGUGCGAUGGUCAAACCCGUCUAAAAUUCUUCUGAAAUGGUGAUUAAUCCAAAUGGAAAUGUUUUCAUCCAAAGGUUAUUUUAAGUUUGUUUUUAUUAUUAUUAUAUGUAUAGCACAAAUAAAGGUA